GCACAUUGGAUUGGAAAAUCACAAUGGCUGACAAAAUAGAGAAGUUUGAUACACUGGAGCAAAAGCUUGAACUUUUUAUAGAAAAUACUCGCCAGAUGGGGAUUAUUGUCAGUGACUUUCAACCUCAGGGUCAAAAUGUUCUCAACCAAAAAAUGUAAGUAGGCCCCUAGCCGGUGGAGGCUUCGGUUUUUUUUAAAGCAUUUUUUUAAUGGCCCAGACUUAGACUUGGCUUCGUUAACUUCGUAGUAAGUAGUCACAACUUAGGCGUAGUGUAGCAGUGGGUGAACGAGUUUGAUGAUAAUGUGGUAUGGCCGGGAUACUACUGAGUCGACUGAGAAUUAUUCAUGCACAGUCUAUUUUAUUUUGGGAUUUUGACCAGUUAUAGCUAUAUUCUUAAUUCAAUGUUUAAUGUUUUGUGGAGCUACUGCACUUGUGAUUACCUCUGCUCCACCACCAGCAAACAUCCUUCUGUUUGAAUCGUCCAUGUCCAUGGCUUUCUGCCUCUAGGACUCUAUGUGCAGACCUCCACUGGUGUAAGUCCUUCUCUACAACAUCAAUCCAUCUCAGUCUCAAUCCGGUGAGCCAUCUGCCCCUAGGGUUCUGCCUGUGUAUCAGUAAUGUCAGUAUCACUUUUGCUGCUCUACAAUCCAACAAAUAUAUAAAGAAUAUAAUAUUUUAUAUUAUAAAUAGACCUAUUAUAUAUAUAGUAUAGUAUAGCCUCUAUAUUAUCAUUCUCACUGAUUUCAGCUCUCAAAAACAAAGACAAUCACACCCGCUGUUAGUUUUUGAAAGUGUUAACCGUUAACAAGCCAUAGUAUUUAAUAGGAAUAAUGACUAAUGCUAGUUAUUGAUACCUGGGUAGUAAUAUUAAAUAAAUUUAAUUAUUUGAAGAAAUUAAAAGAAGCUUACUAACAUUGCAUUUCUUGUUAAGAAUGACACAAACAUAUUUUUUAUUAUGAUUUACUACGCUGUCUUUGUAUUAACAAAUGAAAUCAAUGCAAUCGCACUCUGUUUCAAAUUUAGAUAAUAAUAAUAAUAAUAAAGUUCAUUUCAAAAACACGCUUCAUCCCCAAAGGCUCGAAGCGUGGUACAAAGUCAACAAAAUACAAAUCUAUAAUUUACCACAUUUAAAACAAACGCAACACUACAAAGACUAAUUACUAGCAUACAAUUGCAAAGUCUUUCUAGCCAUUUCAACCCCAAGCAACACAGCCAUUAUGCAUUAACUUGAAAAUAAGGUUGACAAUCAUCCCAGAAGGUGUCUGCGAAAUAGGUGUGUCUUUAAAUUGGUUUUAAAGGACUCCAGUGUCUGGUUGUUUCUGAGAUCGACAGGAAGGGCGUUCCAAAUUGUUGGACCAGCAAAUGCGAAAGUGCGCUUUCCGUAAGUCUCAAGGCAAACACGUGGUGUCGAGAGUUUGCCACUAUCGGAUGAGCGGAGCUCUCUAGUGGGUACAUAAGGCAUAAGCAGCUCUUUCAGAUAGGACGGCGCCAGAUCAUGUAAGCAGCGGUAGCACAACGUUGCGAUUUUGUACUCUAUGCGAGCACGCACCGGCAUCCAGUGCAGCUCUCUCAGAAGUGUUUUUGCAAAGGGGAUUUAAGCUUCUUGUUGUCCAACAUUAAAUGUAUUGCACCACCAGUUUUGAACGUGUGUCUUGUGCACAAAUAUUUUCUUUCUAAAUCCUGUGCAAACCGUAAAAAAGUAUGGUUAAACCAUACAGGUUGGCAUGUAUGAAAACAUGGCAUCAAGCUAUUGUUGCCCCCACAUUAUCACAUAUUUGUCACUCAAUGUCACAAUUUGUUUACUCCCCACACACACACAAAAACACACAUUUAUUUUGUUUUUUAGAUGCUUGACAUUUCGUAUGGAUGGUCCAUUAUUCUGGGCUUAAUUUACAUUUUCAAUUUUCUUUUUUUUUUUUGUGUAUUAAAUGAAACAUUUUAUUUUUUUAAAAUUUAAUUCUAACCUUUUGCUUUGAUGUACAUGCAUUGUAUGGUCAUUCAAUAUCCUUGUCAGUUGUCCUCCAAUUAGGAGGGUGCUAAAUGCUCAUUAGGUAUUAGGGCUCUGGGAUUACCAAAAGAUAUGUAUAUAUUUUAUAUGUUUAUAUAUAUAUUGGUGAGUUAUAUAAGGAAAUAAUUUUUAAUGAAAAUUAUCAAAUACAAUUAAAUAAUCUUUUAUUGUAGAUUUUGAAAAAAAAGAGUUUUGGUUCCACAGUUUUCGUAGAUAAUAUCAUGUUUCUGACUGGGAAUGACCUUUGACCUUUCCAACUGUACAAAUUGCCAUUACCACACACAAUAACUGUCUAGUUCAGUGUGGUUGUUCGACUUUGACCUUUCCAACAGUACAAAUGGCCAUUACCACACACAAUAUCUGUCUAGUUCAGUGUGGUUGUUCGACUUUGACCUUUCCAACAGUACUAAUGACCAUUACCACACACAAUGUAUGUCUAGUUCAGUGUGUUUGUUUGACUUUUACCUUUCCAACAGUUCAAAUGGCCAUUACCACACACAAUAUCUGUCUAGUUCAGUGUGUUUGUUUGACUUUGACCUUUCCAACAGUUCAAAUGGCCAUUACCACACACAAUAUCUGUCUAGUUGAGUGUGGUUGUUCGACUUUGACCUUUCCAACAGUUCAAAUGGCCAUUAACACACACAAUAUCUGUCUAGUUCAGUGUGGUUGUUUAACUUUGACCGUUCAAGCUGUACAAAUGGCCAUUACCACACAAUAUCCGUCUAGUUCAGUGUGGUUGUUCAACUUUGACCUUUCCAAUACAAAUAGCCAUUACCACACACAAUAUCUGUCUAGUUCAGCGUGGUAGUUAAACUUUGCCCUGAGAUAUAAACCAGACUUGAGAUUUCUAAUCCUGUUUAUUCAACAGUAGUUUUAGGUUUCCUUAAAUCAGACAUUGGUAGACAUGUAUAAGCUUGUAACACUUCACUAAGUCUAACCAAAGCAAUAGAAUUCAUAGCAGUGAAGAAGCUCAUUUCUAUCAAUAAGUGCGUUUUUGUAAGAUCAAUUGCUCAUUAAUUCUCCUACUUUCAAAAGCUGUGGUCACGCUGGAUCAAGCUAAUAAGUUUUAAAAGAAAGAAAUUAUAGUAAACAGCUUCAUCAAAUACAUGACAAGUUUGAUCAUUUCUUUUUCUUUUCAUUCUGUUGGGUUAUUAUCCUUAAGGGUAAUGCAAAACGUUUACCUAAAACAAUUUUGAGAACCACUGCACCACAUGAAGCAGAAAUUAAAAUAAAAAGGUGACAAUUGUGUCAGUGCUGUAAUAAUAUCACCCUCUAGUUUAUAUAGCCUAAGGUAAGGUGCUGUAACAAUAUCACUCUUUAGUUUAUAUAGCCUAAGGUAAGGUGCUGUAGCAAUAUCACUCUUUAGUUUAUAUAGCCUAAGGUAAGGUAUACAACAUUUUGUUUCCCAUCAGACAAACCAUGGUUACAGAAAUGAAUGAAAUUGACAAACUAAGGACUCAAGUUCAAGAUGUUCAUGUCCCCUUAGAAGUGUUUGAGUAAGUUCAAGAUGUUAUGUUGUAUUGUAAAAAUAAUAAUGAUAGUUACCAUCAAACUGUUAUAAUGGCUGGUCAUUAGCAAUAUUGCCCUGUGGUAAUACAAAAUUAAAUAUAUAAAGAAUCUUAAACUCUAUCUGUCGCUAAGAACGUGAGGUUUUUACGAUAUAAGAUGGCUGAUUUUUAAAAAUAUAUAAAAUGUCUUAAUAUAAAAUACAUUUCCACUUAUUUGGAUUAAAAGAAAAUCUUAGGUUAUCUAAUUAUUAUAUUAUUAAAAGAUGAAUUGAUCGUUGAUAAAGGUCUACCAAAACUUGAAAAAUUUCUUGAUUAUUUGAAGUCUUUCAAAUGGAAAUAUAGUCAAAGUGGAGAUGAUUUUGUAGACAUUGCAUGUGGAAGUGAUGAUUUGAAGGUUGAUUCAGCAUUGACAGCAGUAACAAUUUAAACUAAUGAUGUCACUGUUGAAUUGUCAAAGUGAAGAUCAUAGAUUUCACACUGAUUUACAUUGUAUUUUUAUCAUAACACAGAUUUUGACAUUAAUCAGAUAGCCUUUACUACAGAGAAGACAUUGAAAUUUUCAUUAUCUGAACAUGUUUUACUUGUAUUUCUGUUUUAUUUGAACCACUUAAAAUGAACUAAGUGGCAUGACACACCAAAUUGGGAAAAAAUCAUGACUUCCAAAAUAUUAGACUUUGUAUGGUGUCUUUGUAGAUUUACAUUUUUUAAAUGGCUUGUUUUGUUUUUUAUUACUGUACAUUUAUUUUUAAAAUCACAUUACUUGAAUCUUAGAAAUAUUCACAUAUGCACACUUAAUAUAUAAAUGUCUUAGAUUUGUACAUUUAAAAAAAAUGCUUUUACAGCUACAUUGACCAAGGCAGAAACCCGAAUCUCUACACUAAAGACUGCUUAGAAAAAGCUUUGGCAAAAAAUGAACAGGUCAAGGGAAAAACAGACAAUUUAAAGGUAAGCCUUUUUGUCUGUUGAUUUUUUUAAAAAAACAUAAGAGCAAACUGUUUGAAAUAAUGAAUUCUAUGGUUAUGUAUCUUUCCAUUAUUAUCUGAAUGUUAAAUGUAAUGACCAUUGACUGUUGACUAUUACAGAGGUUUAAGGCAAUGCUGUUGCUGGAACUGUCAAAAGUUUUUCCAUCUGAAAUGGAAAUGUACAGAGCUCUCAAGCAAGGAAGGGGUCCAACAUAACAGUAUUUGCUCAUUUCUUUUAUCAAAUCCUCACAAUUUAUGAAUAGUUGAUCAUGUAUGUUGUAAACAUCAUUUUCCUUUAGUUUGUUUCCACUAAGAAUUGGGAAAAUCUCAACAUAACUUUCUUCAUUGCAUAUUGAAGAUCUCAUUAAAUGCAAUGCACAUGGUCAUGAGUUUCUGCUGGAUCCUAUUGGUAAUUCUGCAUCUCCUUCAAAUUGUACAUUUGGUUUUAAUAAUUUUUUUAACAUGAAUAUAACAUAAUGUUAUGCAUUUAUACAUUUUUUUUUUUUUUUGUAAAUUUGUGGCCGUUGGGCUAAUUACCCCAUGUUAAAUUUAACUUAGAUUUGAUUGUGUAGAAAUCUUCUCUCAAUGGUUAGUUUUCUUUGUACCUGUAUUAUAUGAGUUAAAUUUUUAAAGAAAAUAAAAACUGUUAAGUUUCAAAGAGAGGUACAGUGAAAAAAAAAUGUAUUGCUGUUUUAAAUACAAAGUGUGUUUAGGAGCUAGAACAAUUUAUUUGAGAGAAGUUUUUGUGUGCAAGUUUUAAUGCAAGUACAAGGUAAUGUAAAUACAAAUUGAUGUUCAUUAAUUCAUUUGAAUAUUUUAAAAUCUCUUCAUUAUGAAUUUAUUGUACACCGGCAGCUGUACUUUAUGCUGCCAAAAAAUAAAUAAAUGGAACUUUUGAAUUUUC